AUGGCACAAUCGAAAACGGAUUAUACGGCAACGCUCUGUGGGUUGUGCGCUUUAAGUUCGAAAGAAGAUGUCGGAAUGGUCGGAUGCGACUCCUGUAAACAAUGGUAUCACUUCAAAUGCGUUGGAGUGACAGCGGAUGUUCAAAAGGAGAAGAAAUGGUUCUGUCCAGAACAGUCCUGCCAGGAAAGCGGAGUGAAGUAUUUUAAAAGGCAAGAAACCAUGAAGAAGCAGAGUACGAAGAGAAAAGGUGAAGAUGAACCUGAUAAGUCGAGUGUAACAUCUGAACCACCAUCGGUGUCGAUUCCGGAAGGCGUUUUGAAGGCUCUGGAAGAAGAGCAAAGAAAGCUCGAAGAAGAAAUGGCUGUUGAACGAUUGGUUAGGAUGAAGAAGAGGGAGAUUGAAAAGGCGAUGAGAAAGAAGAGAAUGCAGAUGGAAGAGGACAUCCGUAGAAGGGAAAUUCAGCAAGAGAAAGAACUGCUGGAAGAAGCUCUCCGAGAGAAGGAACACCAUUUGGAGAGAAUGAAGUCGAUGCGCGAUUCGUAUAAAGGAAUGAUGGAAAAUAUGGAGAAACAGUUGAGCUCGCUAAAAACUGGACCUAGUAAGCCGGAACAAGCAAUAGGUGAUGAUUUCAAUUCGAUGGAAGGACCAUCCGGAGCGAAUGCACGGGUGCCACCACGCGUUCCAGAUGUUCGUGGAAAAGUCGCAGUUACGAUUUCGGGAUCGAGUGACCUAAAAAAGCAGAAACAAGGUGGUAACGAUUCAGAAACGGAAUGGACGGAGCAUGACACUGAUAACGAAGCAGAAGAUCAACCGAAGCAAGACCCCGUUUUAGAAGAGGGCCGAUCCGUUGCGAAGCAGCAGCAGAUGGGGCCUACUACGAGUCAGUUGGCCGCGAGAAGCAGUGUAGCUAAGCGUCUUCCUAUUUUCUCCGGAAGACCCGAGGAAUGGCCAUUAUUCUAUGGCACAUAUAAAGCGUCCAACCAAGCGUGUGGAUUUUCGGAUGUAGAAAACUUGGUUCGGCUCCAAGAAUGUCUUAAAGGACCGGCAUUGGAGACUGUACGCGGACAGCUGUUGCUACCGAAAUCGGUGCCGAGGGUGAUUGAAAAGCUGCGACAGCUUUACGGCCGGCCUGAGCAGCUCCUUCAAAGUCAUCUUGAGCGGGUGCAACGUCUUGACCCACCGAAAUCCGAUAAAUUAGUCACGUACAUUCCCUUUGGUAACACUGUCGAACAGCUUUGUGAGCAUCUAGAGGCAGCGGAGUUAGAACAACACCUUUUAAAACCCCUACUCAUUCAGAGUCUUGUGGACAAACUACCAGCAAACGAUAAGAGAGAGUGGGUUCGCUUCAAGAAGAGGCAUCAAAUCAUAACUUUACGAACGUUUACAGAUUUCCUUUCCGCAAUAGUGGCGGAAGCCUGCGAGGCAAAUGUUAGUUUUGAAAUUAAGCCUGAGUUAAAAUCAUCGGGCGGCGGCAGUAGUAGCAGAGGAAAGAUUAAGGAAAAAGGUGUGGUAUACAACCAUUCAGUAUCGGUCAAUUCUCCUAAACCACGAGAAGGAGUGUAUACGAACCCGAAGCCUUGCAAGAUCUGUCAACGUACGGACCACCGUUUACGCUAUUGUCAAGACUUCAAGAAUCUGCCUGUGGCUGAUCGUCAACAAGUAGUCACCCGUUGGAAAUUAUGCAAGAUUUGCCUCAACGACCACGGAAACGCAGCAUGUAAGUUUAGGAUCAAAUGCGACGUCGAGCGAUGCAACGAAAGACAUCACCCUCUCCUUCAUCCAAAUGAAGAAGCGAUCAACACUCACAUUCGGACGGAUAAUUCUGUCAUGUUUAGAAUGCUGCCGGUAACAUUACAUUGCGGCGAAAAUUCCGUUAAAACCCUUGCCUUUCUGGACGAAGGGGCUUCCGUUACUCUCGUGGAAAAGCAGCUAGUGGAGCAGCUUGGUGCCGUAGGAGUCCAAGAGAGUCUUACUAUUAAGUGGACUGGUGAUAUUUCUCGAAUCGAAAAGGACUCAAAGCGGAUGAACGUAUGGAUAUCCGCAACUGGGGAAGAAGAAAAGUUCCUGUUGAAAACAGUACGUUCCGUUGCCGAGUUAAUGCUACCAAAACAGUCCCUGGACGCCGCGGAGUUGACGAAGAAGUACAGGUUUAUGCAAGGUCUUCCUAUUGCUUCAUAUAAGGACGAGAGACCGGGAGUUCUCAUUGGGCUUAACAAUCUUCACUGCUUCGCCCCCAUUGAGGCUAAGAUAGGAGCCCCUGGGGAGCCAAUCGUAGUACGUAGCCACCUUGGAUGGUCGGUGUAUGGCCCGAAGAACAACAAUAUUUCCAAUAACGUUUGUUAUGUCGGUCAUCACGAGGUAACCAAUCAGGAGCUUCAUGAGCUGCUCAAAAACCAGUACACGGUAGAAGAAUCAGUGGCAGCCGUGUUGCGGGAGUCGAAAGAGGAGAAACGAGCUCGAGAGAUACUCGAGCAAACAACAAGACGUGUAGGCAAUCGAUUUGAAACCGGCCUUCUGUGGAGGGUCGAUAAUCCCCGUUUCCCGGACAGCAAACCGAUGGCGCUUCGUCGAUUGCAGCAUUUGGAAAAACGACUAGUGAAAAAUCCAGAGCUUUAUCAGAAUGUCUGUCAGCAAAUUGAAUAUUAUCAACAGAAGGGAUAUGCUCACCGUGCUACCAUGAAUGAACUCACCACUACUAAUCCGGAAAAGGUCUGGUAUCUUCCUCUGAAUGUGGUGUUGCAUCCGAAGAAACCCGAAAAAAUCCGACUUGUGUGGGACGCAGCAGCCUCAGUCGAUGGAAUAUCGUUAAACUCACUGCUCCUGAAAGGACCGGACAUGCUCACAUCGCUCGUAGGAGUUCUCAGUCUUUUCCGGGAACAUAGGAUUGGCUUCGGGGGAGACAUAAAAGAAAUGUAUCAUCAACUGUUAAUCCGGGAAGCUGACAAGCAGGCGUUACGUUUCGUGUUUCGAAAAUCACCAAGCGAUCCUCCAACUACCUUCGUGAUGGAUGUGGCAACCUUUGGCGCAACAAGUUCUCCAUGUUCAGCGCAAUUCGUCAAAAAUUGCAAUGCAAACGAAUACGCGUCAUUGUACCCAGAAGCAGCUUCAGCAAUUAUCGACAAACAUUAUGUCGAUGAUUAUUUCGACAGCGCAGAUACUAUCGAAGAGGCUGUCGAACGAGCUAACCAGGUGAAAUUUAUCCACUCCAAGGGUGGAUUUGAAAUGAGAAACUGGGUCUCUAAUUCGCCAGAAGUUCUGCACUGCAUGGGAGAACGAAAUGCCAUUCAAUCUAUCCAUUUUAAUCGUGAUAAGGAGACCGAAUCUGAGCGAGUAUUGGGAAUUAUUUGGAACCCGAUGCAAGACGUUUUUUCCUUUUCUACUAAACACCGAGAAAACCUGGAAGUCUACCUCAAUGGUUCCGUAAGACCAACCAAGCGAAUUGCUCUCAGCGCAGUAAUGGGUUUUUUCGAUCCUUUGGGAUUGCUGGGAAUCUUUACUAUUCAUGGCCGGAUUUUGGUUCAGAACCUUUGGCGAACUGGCUGCGAGUGGGACGAGGAAAUCGACGACCAUUCGUGGACAAAAUGGAAGCAGUGGACGAGUUUAUUGGCCGAGGUUGAGGCAGUUCGAAUUCAUCGAUGUUACAUUGGAGAUUUCGUGUUGUCGGCCGUGGAAUCCAUGGACUUACAUAUUUUCGUGGAUGCUAGCGAAUUUGCUUUCGGAAGCGUUGCUUAUUUCCGAGUAGUAACUCAUGGCGUCGUGCGAUGCAGUUUGGUCAUGUCACGCAGCAAGGUGGCUCCAUUGAAGAAACAAUCAAUUCCUCGCCUUGAGCUGAUGGCUGCGGUAUUGGGGGCACGGAUGCAACAAGCGAUUCUCACGAACCAUACUUAUAAAGUGCAGCGUACAUUUCUCUGGACUGAUUCUAAGACUGUGCUUAGCUGGAUCCGUUCCGAUCAGCACAAUUAUAAACAGUUUGUGGCGUUUAGAGUGGGCGAGAUAUUGGAGUUAACGAAGUUUUGGAUUCCAUCGAAAAUUAAUGUUGCUGAUACUUUAACAAAGUGGGGGCAAGGGCCGCCCUUGGAGAGCAACAGCCAGUGGUUCAACGGUCCGAACUUCCUCUAUGAGACAGAGAACUAUUGGCCAUCGAGAAAUCUACCACCACUCAACACAGAUGAAGAAAGGAAAGCACAUGUGCUGCAUCAUGACGUUGUUGUAACGGAACCCGUGAUCGAUGUACAGCGUAUUUCGAAUUGGAAUCGACUGGUGCGUACCGUCGCCCACGUCGAACAUUUUAUCAGUAACCUGAGGCGUAAGAAGGAAGGACUUGCUGUCCACACAGUGAAGGCGACGAAUAAGCAACAGUCGCUGAUUAUCACAUGGGCAAAAAUGAGAGCAAUCAAACAACCUCUUCAGAUGGCCGAAUUCCAGAAAGCAGAAUCUACAUUGUGGAAGAUGGCCCAGAACGAGGGUUUCUACGAUGAGAUGAGAGUACUGAAUAAAAACCUUGAGAAGGCGCCUGAUGCUUCGUUGGAGAAAAUCGCACGUUCAAGUGUUUUGUACAAGCUAACGCCAAUGCUCGACGAACAAGGUGUUAUGCGCAUGCGUGGGCGAAUGGAGAAGCCAGGGUUCAUUCCAUUCGAUAUGAAAUUCCCUAUCGUACUCCCACGCAGUCACAAUGUAACGCGAAAGCUCAUCCAAUCUUACCACGAAAGGUUUGGGCACGCAAACAGAGAAACUGUUUUUAAUGAACUUCGUCAAAGAUUUCACAUCACAAACCUCCGUACUACAAUACGCCAAGUGAUGCGUAUGUGGUGCAGAGUUCACCGAAGCCAGCCCAGCGUUCCCUUGAUGGGUCCGCUGCCGAUCCAGCGGAUUACUCCAAACUUACGUCCCUUCAGUUGCGUAGGUGUGGACUACCUGGGUCCGAUAGAAGUGACGUCUGGCAGAAGGAAGGAAAAACGGUGGAUAGCUGUUUUCACUUGUAUGGCAAUUCGAGCGAUCCACCUCGAGGUCGUAUUCAGCCUCACCACGCAGUCGUGUCUUAUGUCAAUUCGAAGGUUCAUCGGUUACAGAGGAGCGCCAGAUGAAUUCUUCUCGGAUAAUGGCACGUACUUCAAAGGGGCGUGCAAAGCAUUGAUGAAACUGAAGCAGGAGAUAAAUCAAGAAUGUGCUGAGCGGAUUACAAGUGCUACUACGACCUGGAAUUUCAUUCCUCCCAGAACGCCGCACAUGGGAGGCGUCUGGGAAAGGAUGGUCCGCUCAGUAAAAGAAGCGAUGAAGGUGUUAGACGACGGCAGAAAACUAAACGACGAGAUAUUGGUAACUACCAUCGCAGCAGCUGAGGAUAUUAUUAACACUCGUCCGCUGACGUACAUACCUCAAGAACUGGCAGACGAAGGAUCGUUAACUCCGAACCAUUUUCUUCGGGGAACAUGUGCCGGUGGUGACAUGAAGCUGGAAGAAUGUAUGGACCACGCGGGAGCCUUGCGUGACAUGUACAAACGGUCGUUAUUUCUUGCUGAUGAAAUGUGGAAGCGCUGGUAUCAAGAGUACCUCCCAACGAUUAACAAAAGAACCAAAUGGUUUGAGGAGAGGAAGCCUGUAAAAACCGGUGACCUGGUGUUCGUGGUGGAUGGAUCAAACCGGAAAUGUUGGGUCCGUGGAAUCAUCGAGGACGUGAUACCAGGUUCGGAUGGAAGAAUUCGACAAGUGAACGUGAAAACUUCUAAGGGGGUGUUUCGCAGAUCGGUGGCGAAUAUGGCGGUACUGGAAAUCAGUGACGGUAAAUCCGGAUCGUCCAAGGAACCUGUACCGGUGUUACGGGCGGGGGAAGUGUCAGCACCGCUGGGCAACCGAUCAACUGUGGGAUUGGAGCCGUCAGACUUGGGUUAA